CCCACGAUCGGAUCAAAUUUUACAAUUCAGCAACAGAGUGACUGACUUCAAGCAGCAACCCGCUGGGGCUUGAAGCAGCAGCAGCGCCUUCAAUCAAUCCCACCAGAAGUCUGUUCUGUUUUCUGCUUUCUGAAGUCUGUAUUUCAGUAAUUUGAAUUCUGUUUUUCUGUUUCAGUGCUUCAGCACUUCCAGGUGAAAGCACAACAAAUGGGCAAGACAAGCAAAGAUUCAGAUGCCAUGCCUGCAAAGAUGGAAAAGAGCUCAAUAAAAAAUAAGACCAAGACCAACGAUCUGCAGCAUGUUGGUGACAAACUUGAAAUAAAUGGUGAUUUCUUGACAGAAAAAGGUAAUAAGUUUAGGGGGAAGAAAAAAAAAUCCGAAACAAUUGAAGGUAGAGAUGAAGAUCAAUAUGAUAAGGGUAAUUUGUUAAAUGAUGGUGGUUUAUCGAAAAAGGAUAAGAAGAGGAGGAAAAGAGACUUUCCUGAAAAGGCACAAAUCAAAGAAAAUGAACAGGGCCAAGAUGAUGGACCUGCUGUAGAGAGAGAUGGUGAUCAACAAGUGGUUAAAAUAAAAAUCAGUGAUGGGAAUGGACCUGGAAUGUCUCCGGAUAAUUGCCAAGGAGAUAUGUACGGGAAAAGGGGUAAGAAAAAGAAGAAGAGAACAGACACUCGAAAUCGAGAUACUGAAAUGAUUGGGAUUAUGACUGAGGAAUCAACUUUCAAGACACAAGGUACAGAAGAUCAUCAUGACAAGAGUAAUUCAGUUAAUGAAGAUGCAGGUGAAGAUCAAUAUGAUAAGGAUAAUUUGGUAAAUGAUGGUGAUUUACAGAAGGAUAAUGAAGAUGCAGGUGAAGAUCAAUAUGAUAGGGAUAGUUUGGUAAAUUAUGGUGAUCUACUGAAGAAGGAUAAGAAGAAGAGGAAAAGAGAUUCUUCUGAACAGGCACAAGUUAAAGAUAACCGACAGGGUCAAGUUGAUGAAGCUACUGUAGAGAAAGAUUGCGACCCAAAGCCGCAAGAAAAAGCAAUCAGUGAUGGGGAUGGAGCUAAAAUAUCCAAAGAGCAUUGCCAAGAAAUUAUCUUGGAGAAAGCCGAUAAGAAAAAGCAAAAGAAGAAGAAGAAGAAGAUGACUGACUGUCAAAGUUCAGGUACUGAAAUGAACGAGAUUGUGGCCGAGGAAUCAACUCUCAAGACAGGUUCGGAAGUCAGCAAAGGUAUAAAGAACAAUUCUGUUGAACACAAUUCCGAGAAACAAAUAGUCAAAGGUAAAGGUAAUAAAGUAAACAAGGAGACAACCACGCCUAUAAAGAACAACAAGGAGGAACCCAAUGCAAAAGGAAAAUCCAAGAAAGUUAGCUUCUCGGGUCAUGUAGAGGUCUUCCCAUCAUCAGACACUCGAACAGAAACAGAAACAGAAACAGAUGGUCUGCUUCGGGCUGCUAGAUUUACUCCAGAGGAAGACAAGAUUAUAAAAGAAGCCGUUCAUAAUUUUAUAGCAGCUAAUAACUUGGGAGACAACGGUAUAGAGAUGGUCCUGGAUAGUAACAAACACGGAUUGAAAAAAUGUUGGCAAGAUAUUGCAACUUGCAUACCGUACCGUCCCUAUAGAGCUGUCUACUGCCGAGGCCGUAAUUUGUUAGCAAGUAGCAAAACCCGUGGAUGGACACCCGAAGAGAUUGAACAGUUGAUGGAACUUCAUAAAAAAUAUGGUAAGGACUGGAAGAAGAUAGGGCUAGAACUCGGGAGACAUAGGAUUCAUGUCAAGGAUGCGUGGCGAAGACAUAAGUUCGAGAAUAAAAAGACAGGAGCAUGGAGUCAAGAAGAGUACCAGAAUUUAUUUGACCUCGUUAACUUGGAUUUGCAAAUGAAAAUUAAUGGCGAGAAAAAGUCAAAGCACGGGAUGCUGAGAGAUAAUAUUCCCUGGUCUGCAAUUAGCGAUAAAUUAUUAACCAGGUCAAAUCCAAUAUGUUGCAGAAAGUGGUAUGAUCAGUUGCAAUCAUCUUUGGUGGUUGAAGAGAAAUGGAGUGAAACUGAUGACUAUAAGAUGAUUGGUGCACUUUAUGAACUUGAUGCUGCUUGUGUGGAAGAUGUAGAUUGGGAUAAUCUUCUCGAGCAUAGGCCAGGUGAUAUAUGUAGAAAAAGAUGGGAACAAAUGGUUAAACACAUAGGCCAUAAGGGGAGCAAGCCAUUCGCUGAACAGGUUGACACCUUGGCUCAACGUUACUGCCCAGAUUUAGCUGACAUCAGAGAGGCUUGGGAUAAGAAACCUCUUGUUCCAUGAGGUCCUACAUUAUUGAAACUCUGAAGUAUAUGUGGAUUAGAAGGCCUAGAAAGAAUCACAUUAACGAUAUCAUCAAUAUAUGUGGAUUAGAAGGCGUAGAAAGAAUCACAUUAACGAUAUCAUCUUCACUACAGCAGAUGAUGCAAGUUAAUGUAUACAUCAAUCAUGAAAAGAAGUUUGCAUUUGUUGAGAUUAUGACGUUUCAAGAAGUAAUGCAAUGUGGACAGUUGAAGGACCUGACCGUGUGUUGACUUUGUAGGAGAAUGUGGAGUUGCUGAUGAUGAAUAGAUUAGAUAAUUUGAAUACCAUUUAUGUUGAUGAUUCAUGAUACAUGUAUGGAUGGCUUGUUUUAAAUUAUUAUGUUGAAACCAUUCAUUUUUCCUUUUACAUUUUGUCUUGAUUUUUAACAUAUUAUUGUAUAAAAUUUAAUGAACCCUUUUCAUUAGCAAAAAAAUGAUAAAAUUGUAAUUUUUAUCUGUCUUA